AUGCCGUCGUCUAUCACUCUCACCGUCUCACACCUGCCCACGUCCACGUCUUUCUUCUUGUCUGCGCUUCAACCCCUCAACUACGGCUACCGAGGGCGCGCUGAGCAGACCGUUGGCUUUGGCCCAGUCGACUCGCCUGCGCCCGCCGAUUUCUGGAUUACGCAGGAGACCCUUGGAGUGCCAGCUGGCGCUGCGCAUGUCGCUUUCCCAGCCACCAACCGCCAAGCCGUCCAAGACUUCUUUCAUGCUGCGCUCAAAGCUGGCGCUACCAUCUACGGAGAGCCGUGCGUCCGCGAUGCUGCUGGCUAUUACUCUGCAGCCGUGAUAGACUUCGACGGCAACAGCAUUGAAGCCGUCUACCGUCCAGGCUUGGGUGAGGAGGACAAAGAGAACUGUGCCGUGUCAACCGUUUCCAAGCGAUCCAGCAGCAAAGCUCCGUCAACUGUCUCUCGUGCCUUGUCCUCAGCAUCGAAAGCUCGAAGCGUCGUACCUUCCACUGUUAGCAAGCCUCGUAGCGUGGUGCAUUCCACAGCCAGCAAAGCUCGCAGCCAUGCUACCUCUGCUGCGCCAGAGCCAGAGCCAGAGCCUAAACCGGCUGCCCCCGAGGGUGACGCUCUUGCGGUCCUUCUGAAUCAAGCCCGCUCCACUGCCGAUGUUGCUCGCAAGCUUGUCGAGCAAGUACGGCCACAUCUGCCUGCUACUUCCUCCGAGCCUGCACCAUCGACGAACAAAGGCGUGAUUCACAAUCCUGAUGCCUUUGCCAAGCCCGGCGACGGAAGCAACGCGGUCCUAGGCACUUUACUCGGCGUGGCGGCCGGUGCUGCCUUGACAUACGCCUUAAAAUCACACUCGGAGUCGAGGAAGGGCAGCCAUAGCAACAGCGACGAGGGACACGAUCACGGCCACGAUCGAGACGGGCGUCCGAGCGUGGCAGGCCGAAGCAGCUCAGAACCAUGGUCUCGUCACCCGCACUACGCACAGCCCACCACGGUCUACCGCGCCCUUGACGCCGCUCCUUCACACCACCAUAUCAACAUGUUCGACAACGACUACGCCUCAACAAUCAAGCCUCGCCGCCGCAAUAGCGUCGACUCCGGCAUCGGCAUCUCUCCCCCAUCGUCCACCUCUCGCUCCGGCGCCAAGUCUAAAAGCAUGAAGCUCCUCAACGCUCCGCCCACCAGCUACAAAGCCCCCACCGUCAUCACCCAAGCCCCCACAAGCCACAGCCGCUCGCGCUCCAAAACCCGUGGCGGCGACACCGACUCAGCCGCCGGCCGCUCGAGCUCCCGGCGUAGCCGCUCGGAAAGCCGGAGCCGCUACUCUUCCUCCUCCCACCGUCACAGCAAGCACGGCAACGGCACCAGCGAGUCAGGAGGCUCGGGCCACGACUACGAAACCGUGCUGCACGUGCAGACGCAGCGCGCCUACGGCCCCGUCCCCGCCAGCCAGAAGUGGGGCGAACACAAGCAUCUCCCGCUGCCCAACGAAUCGGUCUCCACCACAAAGACGAAAUCGCACGCUGCCAACAGGUCAACGACGAGUUCAUCGACGCCCAAAGAAGAGAAGAAGCGUUCUUCCAGCCGCGGCGCAGGCUCGGCCGCCACGACGGCCAAACCGCCCACGGCGGCCGGCUACCCGCUUCCCCCUAGCAGGGCCGCGACGUGGGCGGCGGGGGGACCGCGCAGUAGCAGUAACAGCAAAGCGGAGAGUUUUGUUUCGGCUUUGAGUGGUGGGGGACGUGGAGGCGGUGGCAGGGGGGAGGACGAGGGGGCUGCAAAGACGGUGGUGGGGAAGAUGCGUGACGUGGCGAGGUUGAAGGUCAGGGAGGCGGAGGUGAGGCCCGAGGAUAGUGUUAGUCAGGUCAGUAGCGUUCGGAGUGGGAGGCGGUGA